AUGGCGAGGAAGAAGACGCAGAGGGGGAAAAGGCGUGCGUCAGGACCCCGAAUAACCCGGCCAGACAAAAACUUUUCGUGCCUGGAGUGCAAUCGGGAGGGCACAGUCACGUGCACGGUGGAUACAAUAAAAAACAAAGGCAUUGCAAAGUGUGCCUUUUGCGAGGCCAUGCACAGAUGCGACACGAACAAGCUCUCGCAGAGCAUUGACGUAUACGCCGAUUGGGUCGAUCAAAAGGAGAAGGGCACGGGCAGUAACUAG